AUGGAUCGAAUUGAUUUAGAGAACGGUCCUGUGAGACUCGACCUGAAAUACGAACAGUCCGGCCUUCACACGAGUUUUCUGAAAGAGAUAUGUACCCUUGUAAUUGCAGAAACUUUUCCUGAAGAUUCAGGACUUUUCACAUGCACAGCAACAAAUGAAUAUGGUUCAGUAACAAGCAGUGCACAACUAACUGUCUGCUCAGCCAACUCGGAAAGCUCUAGUCAUGAACCACUGACAAGAGAAUCCAACAGUGAUGAUUUCCAACAUUUCCCACCACUUCCUCCAGUUGAAAUUAGCUCUCUUGAGCUUCCUCCUAAGAAACAUACAGAGCACCACCAAGCAAACAAUACUGAGUUGAGAUCUGGUGUGACAGCCGUUGAACUACAGCUGAAUUCGUCUGAGGAAAAAACAAACGGCACCCAUCCCAUUCAUGGAGUAAACGGAAUGAUUAACAGCAAGCCAAAUGGUGAUAAACCCAUCCCACCUCCAGCUGCCUUGCUUUCACCCACAAAGGAACCACCACCCGUGCUUGCCAAACCAAAGCUGGGUCAUCGUUGUAUACAACGAUGUGAGAGGGACACUAUUACGAGAAUCCUUUCGGUUGCUGAUGUCCAAAUUGACAACCUUGGAAUCCCUAGUGCAAUUGCACUCGAAUCCUAUAUUUUGCCAUCUACAACACUUGGUGCGCAAGAGGCUGAUCUUGGCUGCAGUCAAGAUAAGUGUUUUGCUUGGCCAAAGCUGGU